CGGGACCCGGAAGUGACGCCACGCACUAAGCCCCCGCUUGUAUGUUUCGCUGUGCAGCGGCUCGGCUAGCUGAACAGGAGCACUCCUAACGUCUGGAUAAAGCAGAAGUCGAGUGCUUUCUCGUGGCAUUCUGCGUUCCUCGUUUCUAUCUGCUCGUCCCUAUUUCUGGUUUCCUCAUGAGUGACGGGGAGUGCGACUUCUUCUGCUUCUUCCGCUGCUGCUGAGUUCAGCACGUCCCCCCCCGGGAUACGCGGUCCAGUCUGGGGCAGACGGCGGCAGCACCAAGGGCCGCUUGCUGGCGGAGGGCGGCGUUUGAGUCAGCACGGAUAAGCCCCGAGGGCUAUGUCUGUGGACAUGAGCAGCCAAGCGUCCGACAGUAACGAGGAAGAUUUCGAGGAGGAGGAGAAUGAGGGCGCCGAGGAGGAAGAUCAGGGUGAUAUGACUUAUUAUUAUGAAGGCGUGGCUGGUGACGUGGAGCAAGCGGAACCUGACACUUUCGACCCGGAAGAAUACCAGUUCACGUGUCUGACGUAUAGAGAAAGCCAGAGACUGCUGACUGAGGAGGUCAACCAUGUGUCCACCUCCCUUAAGGUGUCACCAGCUGUAGCCAAACUGGUCCUUGUACAUUUUCACUGGCAAGUGUCACAAAUACUAGACAGGUACAAGUCCAACUCGUCUCAGUUGCUUUGUGAGGCCCAGGUUCAGUCCAUAACCACCUGCCGAUCUCUCACUGCCGUGGCGUCGUUGCAGUGCGGUGUGUGUCUGCAGUUUGUACGGAGAGAUGCGUUGCUCUCUCUACCGUGUCAGCACUCCUUCUGCAAAUCUUGCUGGGAGCAGCAUUGCACCGUGCUGGUCAAAGAUGGCAUAGGAGUGGGGAUCUCUUGCAUGGCUCAGGACUGUUCUCUUCAGAUGCCAGAGGAUUUCGUCCUUCCACUGCUGCCCAACGAAGAACUAAAGGACAAAUACAGACGCUACCUCUUCAGGGACUACGUGGAGAGUCACUUCCAGCUGCAGUUGUGUCCUGGCGCAGACUGUCCCAUAGUCAUAAAGGUGCAAGAGCCUCGAGCUCGCAGAGUCCAGUGCAGUCGUUGCGAUGAAGUCUUCUGUUUUAAGUGCAGACAGAUGUACCACGCCCCCACAGACUGCGCUACCAUCCGCAAAUGGCUCACUAAAUGCGCAGACGAUUCAGAGACGGCCAACUACAUCAGUGCACACACUAAAGACUGCCCGAAGUGCAAUAUCUGCAUUGAGAAAAACGGAGGCUGCAACCACAUGCAAUGCUCCAAGUGUAAACACGAUUUCUGCUGGAUGUGUUUGGGAGAUUGGAAGACUCAUGGCAGCGAGUAUUAUGAGUGCAGUCGUUACAAAGAGAAUCCUGACAUCGUGAACCAGAGCCAACAGGCGCAGGCUAGAGAGGCCCUGAAAAAAUACCUCUUCUACUUUGAGAGGUGGGAGAACCACAAUAAAAGUUUGCAGCUGGAGGCUCAGACGUAUCAGCGUAUUCAGGAGAAGAUUCAAGAGAGGGUCAUGAAUAACCUGGGUACCUGGAUUGACUGGCAGUACAUGCAAAAUGCUGCCAAGCUACUGGCCAAGUGUCGCUACACACUGCAGUAUACCUACCCCUACGCCUACUACAUGGAGUCUGGACCCCGCAAAAAACUAUUUGAGUACCAGCAGGCGCAGCUGGAAGCGGAGAUCGAGAACCUGUCAUGGAAGGUGGAGAGGGCGGACAGUUAUGAGAGAGUAGAGGGAGAGCUCAAUGCCACUGAUAGAGGGGAUUUGGAAAAUCAGAUGCACAUCGCUGAACAGAAGAGACGCACACUGCUGAAGGACUUUCAUGACACCUGAACGUCCAUCCGACACGCUCUCAGCGUUAUUUCUCUUUUCUGUCAUCCCUUCAUCCCUCUCCAUCUGUCCCUCGCUCCAAAGAUCCCCCUCACCUCCCCAUCCUUCACUUUUGUUUUUCCUUUUGUGCUGUUUCUCGUUCACAUGUCUGGUCAUAUAUGAUGUAUUCUCUCCUGUGCGCUCCCUCUCUCCUUCUCUCCUACUCUUCCCCCGUCAGUUUCUCAGCUCCAGUGUUUCAGAAUAGCAUGAUGGUAUCCUGAUUCAUGCCCCAUUUUUUUUACACCUUCAUAUCAGCUCACAACACACACAAAGAGAGAGUUUAAAACACUCCUGAAACAUGGACUGCCGCUCUUCCAGCUGGUUCCUCCCGUUAAUCAAUGGUUCUGUUUUUUUGUUUUUCUUUCAGCCUUUCUCUUUUUGCUUCUCACUGAGUUGAUUUUUUUUUUUUCCCUGAAAGAUGGCUGUUGAUAGUUAGCUCAUUUAAAAACAAUGAAACAUGCUGUAAUUUUCAACGGUUGUACAUUAAUACAGAAAUAGUUACUGAGAGAAGGUUUUUAAACCA